GUUCCGACAGAACUCCGAGGGGAAGUGGACUUCCCCCUCCCCGGCCUGUUGCUGGAAGCUCCAUGCAAAACUUCAACUGAAGACCUGAGAGUUUAUGAGCAGAAUGAAGGAGAAGAACCGGCAGAACCAGGAGAACCGGGACAUCACGGCUCAGAUAAAGGUGGAGGAAACUGAGGAAGUUAAGCUGGCUGAGAACCAUGUGGACCGCCAGGACCCAGAACCGGAACGCCACCCUCUGGAAUCCAGCCAGACCCAAACGUCGGUGUCGUCUGGUCUGCAGGAGCUGCUGUGUCCCAUCUGCUGGUCCUGGAGAUGGAAACAUCUGGACGAUGUUCCCUGAUGAAGGAUGAAUCAGAGACGCAGAGCGCCAACGCCGGCGUUCAGCCCACUGCAGAGGAGAGCAGACUCAAGUCGGGACUCAGAACGCUGGAGCAGAACCAGAGAGAAACUGGAGGCGAGAGUGGGCCGGCUGGAGCGGGUCCUGAUGGGGCCGCGGCGCGGCGCUGCGGGCGACGGGUCAGAGGACGGGUCAGAGGACGGGUCAGAGGACGGACGUCAGCCGAGGCAGCAGGAUCUGGACGGCGCCUCAUCAGGCCUUUGCUACGGGACGCAGCGGCCUGCUAGAGGAGCAGGAACCAAGGUCACCAAGGAGACUCAGAUGAAGAGGAGAUCCUUCAGGGGUCAGAGGGUCGCGUCAGCGCCGACCUCUGCAGCAGAUCCCAGUGGAUCCCAGUGGAUCUCUGGGACAGGAAGAGGACGUCUGAGGAAACGUCUGCCGAAGCCCAAGAACCAGAACCUGACCCAGUUCCAGCUGGUCCUGCAGCCGGGCCUGGAGGCCACGCCCACAGCCAGGAAAGAGGUCCGGACCCGACGGCGGGGCCUGAAGUCCUUCCUCCACUUCAUGUCCGUCGGAUCCUUGAGGCUUUUGGACCGGAGCUUCUUACCCAACGCGGCCAGAAUCCGACGAUGGAUCAGGCUGAUGCUCAGCAGAGGGAAGAAGUCCAGUACGGUCCGGUCCUACCUCAGCAGCGCCUGCUGGUUCCUGGAGUACCUGCAGGCCGCUCGGCCCCAGCGCUGCCCCCGGAUUACAGCCGCUCAGACGCAGGCGGCUGAAAUCCUCCAGAUCCUGGAGGCCAGGAGGGACACGGGCGGCAGAAACGUGUCCAACCUGAAGCCGCUCAGCAUGAAGCAGCUGUCCAGUCCGGACGCCAUCGCCGCCUGUCUCUGGCUGGCUCCAAGCCGGGUGGAAAACCUGCUGGCGGACGUAGAGUCAGACUGCAGUGCCACCCGGAGCCUCUACUUGCUGUACGGCUUCCUGGCGGCGUACUGGGCCUGUCUCAGCGGACUCCGGCCCAGAAUGUUCACCGCCUUAACGGAUGCCGACGUCUCCAAGGCGGAGAAGGAGAUGACAGAGGAGGGUAUCCUGAUCAGGGUGGCCGAGCAGCAGACGCUGCCCCGGUCCGGUGAGUCUGCCCUCGCCUUGACUUGCCGGGAGUUCUCUUGGAUCGAACGUCUCGUGGCCAUCAAAGCACAGCGGGGAAGCACCAGCAAAUACACCCUGUUCACCACAGGGACAAAGAACUUCAGAAAGAUAAACCGCUAUGUGAAGCUAGCAUGGGCAGAGAUGGGCCUGAGCGGCAAGAUCAAUUUCACGCUAAUCAGGUCCAUCAUGGCCGACUGUGCACAAUCCACCCUGAUGAAGGGUUCUGGAAAACGGGUCGGCACAGCUGCUGCUCGCCGGCUUCAGGCCAAUCUGUGCACCGCCUCUCUGCAGGACGCCAUGAAGCUGAGGUGGUUGGUGGUCUCCAGACUGGUGGCCCAACAGCACCCAGUGCCGCUGUCAGGUUCCAAACCCUCCACCACCCGCAAUCCCUCCAUCGUCCCUAAUCCCUCCAUCGUCCCCCAACACUCCACCACCCGCAGUCCCUCCAUCGUCCCCAGUCCCUCCAUCUUCCCCAAUCCCUCCAUCGCCCCCAAUCCCUCCAUCUUCCCCAGUCCCUCCAUCGUCCCCAAUCCCUCCAUUGCCCCCAAUCCCUCCAUCUUCCCCAAUCCCUCCAUCUUCCCCAAUCCCUCCAUCGCCCCCAAUCCCUCCAUCUUCCCCAGUCCCUCCAUCGUCCCCAAUCCCUCCAUCGUCCCCAAUCCCUCCACCACCCCCAAUCCCUCCAUCGUCCCCAAUCCCUCCAUCGCCCCCAAUCCCUCCGUCGUCCCCAAUCCCUCCAUCUACUCCAAUCCCUCCAUCGUCCCCAAUCCCUCCAUCGCCCCCAAUCCCUCCAUCUUCCCCAGUCCCUCCAUCGUCCCCAAUCCCUCCAUUGCCCCCAAUUCCUCCAUCGCCCCCAAUCCCUCCAUCUUCCCCAGUCCCUCUAUCGUCCCCAAUCCCUCCAUCGUCCCCAAUCCCUCCAUCGUCCCCAGUCCCUCCAUCUUCCCCAAUCCCUCCAUCGCCCCCAAUCCCUCCAUCUUCACCAACCUCCAUCUUCACCAAUCCCUCCAUCGUUCCCAAUCCCUCCAUCUUCACCAAUCCCUCCAUCGUUCCCAAUCCCUCCAUCGCCCCCAAUCCCUCCAUCUUCCCCAUCCCUCCAUCGCCCCCAAUUCCUCCAUCGUCCCCAAUCCCCCCAUCGUCCCCAAUCCCUCCAUCUUCACCAAUCCCUCCAUCGUUCCCAAUCCCUCCAUCUUCACCAAUCCCUCCAUCCCCAAUCCCUCCGUCGUCCCCAAUCCCUCCAUCGUCCCCAAUCCCUCCGUCGUCCCAAUCCCUCCAUCGUCCCCAAUCCCUCCGUCGUCCCAAUCCCUCCAUCGUCCCCCAGCACUCCUCCAUCACUCGGGGCUCCUGGAGCAGCAGGUCUGUGCAGGAGGACUCCGACUCCGACCGAGAGGAAUCUGGCUCCUCAAGUUUGCCGUCAAACUCCAAAGCCGACGUAUUUCCUCCAGGUCAGAUAAACCUUUAGUUCUGGAGAGUCCAGGUAUCAACAGGAAGGGCGGUUCAGACCGCGUCUCCGUCAGAACACCGGACCCGGACCAGAGAAGACGUCUGGUGACGUUUCACCUCAUCAGAACGACGUUCUCAGUCCUGUUGGGUCAACAGGCUGCUGGUUCUGGUGCAGAGCAAUGCGCGCUGCUGCCCCCUGCGGGUCACAGACUGAACUGCAGCACCUGCUGCAUAAACCAGAGCGACUUCCUGCUGCGCUUCACUCACCUGGAGGCAAACUGCUGCAGCAGGUGCUGCUGCUGCUGCUGCAGCUCUUCCUCUGCAUGGAGGUCACAGGAAGAUGAAGCUGACGAUGAAGCUGACGAUGAAGACGAUGGUCCUCCUGCUCAUUUCCCAGCAUGCCCUGUGUGGGGUGGUGGAGGUCACUGUGGGGUCGCAGUCUGUCCUGCUGCCCUGUCGUUACUUGGCAUCGUACCUGACGAGCCCGUCGUCACCUGGACCAAUGAGGACGCCGGUCCCCGCGUCCACCUGAGACGGGAGCAGGACGACCUGAGGACGCAGGACGAGCGCUACCGGGGUCGGACGCGCAUGGCGCCCGGGGCGCUGGACUCCGGCGACUUCAGUUUGACCCUGAGUGACCCGCGAUCCUCUGACCAGGGUACCUACACCUGCAGCCUGAGCGGUGGGAGAGGACGCCGCACAGUAAGGGUCAGCCAGCUCAGGGUCCGAGAUGAGCAGGUGGAGGUGAAGACGGUGGAAGGAGCCGAUUCUGUGGUCCUGCCCUGCAGAAUGCUGCCCAAUCUGCCCGGCGACAGCAGAGUGGAGUGGACCCGCUCAGAACCAGAACCUGUGCUGGUCCACACGCUCCACAACACGAGCCGACCCGGAACCAGGCAGGAUGACCUUUACUGCGGCCGCACCCACAUGAAGCAGGACCUGCUGCAGAGCGGCGACCUCAGCCUGACCCUGCAGUUCCCCACCGCCAGGGACAGGGGGCGCUACGUCUGCACCGUGUACCGCGGCGAGGACAUCCUGAGGCGCGCCGUGGUACUGCAGCACGUCACAGAAGCGUUUCCCCUGCAGGCCAAAGUUCUGCUGGUUCUGCUGCUUGCUGCUCUCUGUGUCUCUGCCGGUCUCAUCUAUUAUUUUCGACUCUACAUCCUGUCAGUCUACACGGUGAAGGUGGAGGCGGGGGCGGAGUCUGUCCUGCUGCCCUGCAGAUCCACAGUCCGUCUCCCUGAAGACGCCAAAGUGGACUGGAGGACCAGCAGCAACAUGAAGGUCCACGUGUAUCUGCAGGGCUGUGAUCGCUCAGAGGAGCAGCACCGGACUUACCGCGACCGGACCCGGAUAAACCAGGACCCGCUGAGAACCAGAGACCUCAGCCUGACACUGCAGCGCCCCCUAGACGUGGACAGUGACACCUACACCUGCAUUGUGUGCAGCAGAGAGGGACACAUUCUGCUGAAGAAGGAUGUGAAGCUUCAGGUCAGAGUCCAACAGGUGGAGGUGGAAUCAGGGGUGGAGUCUGUCCUGCUGCCCUGCAGAACCAAACAGAGUCUGGAUGGAGACAUUAAGGUGGAGUGGAGGGACAGAUUUAACAAGACGGUCCAUGUGUAUCAGAACGGUUCUGAUCAGCCUGGAGAACAGAACCAGAUCUACAGAACCAGAACCAAGAUGGAUGGAAACCUGCUGGAGAAUAAAAACCUCAGUCUGACUCUGUUGUGGCCCAGUGAUGGAGACGCAGGGACGUACAGCUGCAGCGUCUCUAACAGAGACGGAGACAUGCUGAUGAUGAAGCAAGUGAAGCUUCAGAUCACUGGUCUAGAACAGGUGGAGGUGGAACCAGAGGUGGACUCUGUCCUGCUGCCCUGCAGAACCAGAAAGAGUCUGGAUGGAGACGUUAAGGUGGAGUGGAGGACGGGUUGAACAAGACGGUCCAUGUGUAUCAGAACGGUUCUGAUCAGCCUGGAGAACAGAACCGAUCCUACAGAACCAGAACCAGAGAUGGAUGGAGAUCCACUGAGAACUGGAGACCUCAGUCUGACUCUGAGACGACCACCGACGAAGACAACAACACCUACACCUGCAGCGUCUCCACGGGGGACGGAGACAUCCUGAUGAAGAAACAAGUAAAACUCCAGGUCAAAGUCUGUCAGGUGGAGGUGGAGGACGGAGCGACGUCUGUCCUGCUGCCCUUCAGAACAACACCUGACCUGCCUGCAGACGCUGCAGUGGUUUGGGGACGUAUUGAUCCAGAGCCAAAAAUGAUCGUUCACAUGUACUACAGCGGCUCUGAUCAGCCUGAUGACCAGGAUGAGCAUUUUAGUACCAGAACCAAGAUGGCUGACAACCUGCUGACGUCUGGAGACCUGAGUUUGACUCUGAGGCGUCCCACAGUGGAAGACAGUGGACAGUACGAAUCCUGCAUAGAGAGUGGGCAGAUCUGGAGAAAGAAAAAGGUUCUGCUAAAAGUCAAAGGGACUGUCCCGGUCCAGGGCCAGCUGGAGGACAUCAGGACCAGAAGUGGUUCUGUUGAUCCGACUCCUCUCAUGACUGAAGAAGCUGUCUGAUCGACAUAUUGAUCAUUGACUGUAAAUCCAUCUGACUUUGGAUCAGAGUGAAAUCUCGGGAUCUGGCAGGAUGAAAACUUUUUAUUUGCUCAGUCUGACUGUGAGGUGUGACCGCUAAUCGACCUCUGACCUCUGACCUCUGGUCCUCCAAACCUCAGUCUGGGUUUGGUUGAAGUGAACUCUAGUUCGGUUUGAAUGUGAAUGCCAAGUGGACUGGAGACCAGUUCUGAGCAUUCUGGGAAAAUACAACCAAAGCUAACAUGUUAGCCUAGCGCUAGCAGCAGAAAUGGCUCCUGGUCUUCAGCCAAAGACUAAAGAGAAAUCACUAAACUCUGACGCCUCCAUCUUGGUUCAUCUGGUGAAACAGGAAGUUGCUCUCAGUGUCUUCAGAGGUUUUAGUGUCGUUUCCUGCAGUGGUUGUUGGUGCAGCGCCCCCACAGGCCAGGAGGGGAACA